UGACAUCGUGACGUGGUGCUCAGCUGUCAUCCUUGUCAAAUGCAAACAAAUAAUGAUGAAAGGGAAAGUCAAUUAAUCCGAUAAAAAAUUUUAAAUAAGAAAUUUCAAAUAUUCAGGAUAAUGGCAGAUAACUCGAAGCGAUCAGUGGCUGAAAAAUUGGCAGCUGCCAAGAGGAAGCAUAAGGCCUACCUGAAAGAAAAGGCCCUCAAAAAUGAUGGUAAUAAACCAAAGGAACAAGAAACUGAUAAUGUCGCAAUACAGCAUCAUACUGCUUCAAAUGACUCUGAUAUAACACAUAUGGAAAACGCCUUGGAAGUUCAUCAGAAACAAUAUGUUUUAAACGAAAAUGUUGAAUCACAUGAUAAUGUUCAAACUGACAAUUCAUUUGAAGCUGAUCUACCUCUUCCCCAGUAUUCUAUGGAUAAUAAUCACCAAGCUAGUGCUUUGCCAGAUCCACUUUCAUUUUUUGAUAAUUUCAAUUACAGUAAUGUAGGUGCUACUUUUCAGAAUUUUGCACAACCUCUUACAAGUUUCUUUAAUAAUUCUAACAAGAAUGAAUUAGAUGGUAAUAUUGAAACACCAAAUCAAAUUCUUAUUGAAGAUAAUACAGUAUAUAAUGUGAAUUUAGGUAAUGAAAACAAGACACAAACUGUCCAUAAUUCAGUGCAAAUGGAUCUUAUUUCGCCACAAUCAUUUUCAUAUGACCGAUUCAAGGUGGAUGCUAUAAAUGUCCCUAGAGAAGGUGUUAAUUAUUUGGGAAACAAGGAUUUAACUGAGAAACCAGUUUUUGACGAGUUCACAAAUAGCAUUGGAUCAUCUAUAGACUCAAAGAAUCCAUUUCCUAACUCUGAAACUUCUGAGAAUUUAGAAGUACCUGAAACUGUUGAACAGAGUAAUGUGCCAGAAUUGGUUCUAAACAGUUUUCAAAGUACCCAGGAAUUGAGUAACACCAAAACUGUUCAAGAAAAUACCCCAUUCUUACAUGAAGAAACUCCUAAUUUGGAAUUAGUUGCUAAUGAUGAAUAUAGAAAUAUGAAUUGUAAUAUUAAAGUGAAAAAUGGAAGUUCAGAGGAAAACGAUUCAAAGCUUCUUUCAAGUUCUCAAAGUAUACAAAACCUCUCAAAGGAAAUGAAGGAGUAUCUUCAUGAAGAACAACAGUUUCUAAAUCAUCAAAACUUAAAAUGUGAGGAAGGAGUUGAAAAAAGAAAUCAAGAGUUACUUUGUUUGAUCGAACAGCAAAAUGUAAAAUGUUAUGAAUUGAGUCAGAAGCUUUACGAGUCAGAAAUGAAAUAUGCAAAAUUGGCCACGGACUACAGAAAUUUGGAGAUGAAAAAACAGCAGGUACAAUCUGAAAUGAAAUCUGAGGAAAAUAUUGCAAUGGUUAAUGAUCUGACAAAGUUGAGAGAAGAUUUACAGUGCCAUCUUCAAACUAUAGGUAUGCUAGUAGCUGAGAAAACGGAGCUAACCUCCUUAUUACAGGAAACCCAAUCAGCUUUGAGGAAUGAAUCAUCCCAAUGUAUUGAUUUACAAAACGAGAUUAAAGAACUGAAAAUAUAUUACUCUGAUCUAGAAAACGAAUUACAUUUGCUUAAAUCUGAAAGAAUGAAUUUGGAUAGUACACAGAAAGAACAAGGACAAAUAUAUGAAAAAAUACGAAUAGAACUCGAAGAAACAAAAAGAAAUUGUGAAGAACACACACAAGAUCUUUCAGAAUGCAGAGAAAAGCUUAAAGCCGUAACUGAAAGUAAUGGAUUUUUACAGAAGCAAAUUCAGGAAUUAAGUGGUCAGUUAUCAAUGGCAAAUAUUAAGAUACAGCAGUUAACCCUUGAAGAAUCAUCACUUUCAGAAAAUCAGAUACACAAAUGGAUGGAUGAAAAAGCUUCUUAUGAAAAACAGAUUUGCAUGUUGAAUGAUACACUGAAAGCAGUUUCUAAAGAAAGAGAAGAAUCUAGUUUGCAAUACCAACAAUAUGCAGAACAGCUAAAUGAUCAAAUUUCAAAUUUGGUACAGAGAUUAGAGCAGCAACAGAAAGAAAAUGAACAGUUGAAAAUACAAGAAGAAAACCGUGUGAGGCAUAUUGGUGAUCUGGAAAAACAAUUACAAAAUGUACAGAAUGAUAACACAUCUUAUAAUUUACAAAGAAAUAACAGUUUCUUGAAAAAGGAACUCGAAAGUUCCACAGAACUAGCUCAGAGUUUGCAAACUGAAAAGGAGCAAUUGAAUAUGAAUUUAACAAAAGCUCUCAUUGAUAAAGAAAUGUUAUCAAAAGAAUUGGAGGGUUGCAAGCAUACACUAGCUCAGUUAGAAUCAACAGUGGAGCAACUUCGAGGAAGUCAACCAGAUAAUGCUGUUCUUUUAGCAACUAUGGAAAGUGACAAGGUUGCAGCUUCUAGGGCUAUAUCCCAAAAUAAUGAGCUGAAAAAACAGAUGGAAGGCAUGCAAGAAGUCAUGUUUAAAGUGAACAAUGAUAAUGUACAACUGACUGAAAGUGUAUCUCUGGAAAGAAAAACUAACAAGGAGCUUCUGGAAAAACUACAAAAGACGGAAAUUUCAUUCCAAACCUUAGCUGAUGCCAUUGAAAUUAAAGAUAAGGAAUUGGUUUAUCUCAGAGACCAGAUAGAAAGUAUGAAUAGGCAAAUUGUUCAUCAAGAGCAGUUGUCAGAUCGCUUACGUCAUUAUGAAGCCCAGACCCACAGUUCUCCUUCUCUUCAGGUCGAAUUACAGGAAGCUAAACAAAUGAUUGCCCAUUUAACCAAUGAACUGAAUAUACUGAAAAGAAAUCAAUUGAACCAAACUAGUCAAAUGAACCAAACUGUUCCAAUUGAUCAGGUGCAUCAAAUGAAUCAAACAGUUUCAGUUGAUCAGGUCAGUCAGCUUAAUCAAACAAACAAAAUUGAACAGAUAACACAAAAUACACAAACAAACACUCACAGUGCAAGUGAAAUAAAUGUGCAACAAGACAGUUCUUCCAAUGUACAUACCAUUGAAGAACUGAGAACUCAACUUGAUAAUUUGCAAAUUAGAAAUAAAGAACUCGAAUCACUGUUACAAAAUGUGCAAUCGAAGGAGCAGAAAAUGGUUGACUCAAAUGGAAACGAAACUUUGGAUAAAGAAACUGCCAUGUUGCAUUUGGAAAAGAAGUUUUUGAGGACGAUGGAAGAGAUUGCAAGAUUAACUGAAGAAAAACAACGAUUAGAGCAUCUUGUGUUGCAACUGCAGGGGGAAACAGAAACUAUCGGCGAAUAUGUGACAUUGUAUCAACAGCAAAGAAGUAUUCUCAAACAAAGGGCUCUGGAAAAAGAUGAACAAUUGCAGCAGUUAAAUAACGAUAGAGAAACAAUCAAAGCUAAUUUAGACCGCCUCAAUAAUCUAGUGAAAAAAUUGAUUAUUCGAAAAGGAGCAAUUCCUAAGGAGUUGUUAGAUCAACAUGAACAUUUCAGUAAAGAUAGAACUGACUUAUGUACAGAACACCAAAAAAUACACCAAGAAAUCAACAGAAUUACCAGCAAUGGACUCAAUAAUUCAGAAGUUAUUGAUAAUUCUAAUACUGAAAUCGCUGAGGAGAUUAUUACUUUGCUAUCUGAAAUUAAAUCUAGUAAUUUAGUGCAACCUAAUGACGAGGGUUUACAUCAUUGUCCAUGGUGUUCAGGGAAAUUGAUCACAGUAUAAUUUUCCCCAAGAAAUAUUCAUAUUAUUUUUCAGAUGGCUUGGUAAGGCUUUAUAAUAUAUUCAAUUUCCAUUCCUUCAAGGGCGAAUAUAAGGGUGCACUAUUUUUGUUGGUUUACAUCGCGAAUAAUCUCAAUACUUUCAUUCUUUCCAAAUUACAUCAUUGCACAAGUGUCAAAAUUUUUAUAACGUUUUUUAUAGUGUUUGUUAAUUUUUGUAUUGAAUAGCAUUUCUAUCAAUUCCAAGAAUCUUUGAAAUUUUGUUGAACAAUGUUCAGCUGGUUGGUUUUGUACAUAUAUAAUAUAUAAUUUAUAUAAUAAAUAUUGUUAUUAAA